UAGUCGCCGCGUCCUCGUUUCUCGCUCGGCGCCGCCGGUUUCGUCGUUCUUCAGUCGGAUCAGUGAACUGAGAGAAUCAUGGCUUUUGCUCCGCACCACCGCCGAGACGGAGGCGGACUGUACAGCUUCUCCAGCCGGCCCAGAGCGGUGGAGAGCCGGCCGCGCUACCGGGAGCCUCCGGCCGCACGCAGCAUGCAGCGUGCUCAUGGGAACAUCAUGUACGACCGGCGUGUGGUCAGAGGGAAUACCUACGGCCGACACGUCCUGCCUCCGACGGGUCGGCCGGACCCCGCCGAGACCCGGAGGCAGCCGGCCGUCCGGCAGAGGAGCCCGGCUCAGAGAGCAGCCAGGGAGCAGUUGAGAGGCAGCAGCCCUGAAGCCCUGCUGGGCAGAAAACACGUGCACAUGCAGACAGAGCGGUACCUGGAGGAGCUGAGCGAGGUCCUUGUGUCUGAGAACGCGGAGUGUCAGACUGACGCUUUCCUGGACAGACCGGCGUCUCCGCUCUUCGUCCCCGCCAAAUCCGGCAAAGACGUGGCGACUCAGAUCGAGGAGGGAGACCUGUUUGACUUCGACGUGGAGGUGCAGCCCGUCCUGGAGGUCUUGGUGGGGAAGGUCAUGGAGCAGUCUCUGCUGGAGGUGAUGGAGGAGGAGGAGCUGGCCAGUCUGAAGGCCCAGCAGAGGACCUUCGAAGAGCUGCGAAACAGCCGACUGGCGGAGGUGCAGCGGCUGCAGGAGCAGGAGAGACGCCACAGCCAGGAGAGAGAACGUAGGAUAGCCCAGCAGAAAGAAGUGCUGAGGAAAGAAAAGGAGACGGCGGAGAAGAUCGCUGCUCGGGCGAUCACCCAGCAGUACCUGGCCGGCCUGCAGCCCGCGGUCUUCAGCUCCCUCAGAGGUCACGGCUUCUUCUACGACCCCGUGGAGAGAGAUGUUGAGACUAAUUUCUUGCCGUGGCUCAUGGCUGAGGUGAACGACACUCUGAGGAAGAGAUCUACAGCGAGGCAGACGCUGGACAAUCUCAUACAAGACGUCUGCAGGAAAAGAGUGGAGGCCUUCAUGGAGCUGGAGGCACAGCAACACACAGACGACACAUAAACACUCCAAAAUGAUGACAACUUUAGCUUUAGUGUGUAUUGUAUGGGAACGCAUCAGUGUGUGGACGUGAGGCAUGAAGCUGGUUUUGUUUUUUUAAACGGACCAUCUCUGAGCUGAAAGAAAAACCACGUGAUUGUAAUAAAUUUAACUCACAAAGCAAAAGAAGAAACAAAUUGGACACAUGACUCAUGAUUAUUUCGACUAAGUUUCCAAAAAAGUGAAAUAUUUCAACGCAUUAACAGUUCUGAUGACUCUGGAAACAG